CCGCGACUGGCAAAGCAGCCCAUCCCGAGCGGCCUGAAGAUGCAGGCGGAAGGUUGAUCACAGCUCGUCGCCCAAUGAGAGCGCCGUACUGGUCCGGUUGGCAGCGUGUAAGCGCCGGCCUCGUCCAAUCCCGGAGCGAUGCGCCUGAGGCGGGGCAAGUAUCGCCGGGCCGGCAGACGCUCUACGCAGUGCCAGCCCGACUGCAUAACGUCGCCAGCGACCCAGUGGCCAUUUUGUACAGUCCCGGAGGUCGUCGGACGGAAGACACCAUGCUGUGGUUUCAUAGGGCGUUGGCUGGGCCAGUUCCUGCUUCUUGUCUUUACCCCAACUAUAUGUGUACGGAAUACUGUCACAGUACAUAAGAUAAUCCAUGCAAUAUGGCGCCUCCGACCUCUCAGAGUAACGUGACCGCGACUGGACCACUUGAGUACGGGCGUGCACUUCCCGAGAAAAUAAGAAGGGGGAAAAAGAAGACCGAAGGAGCAGAGAUAAGGAGAAGGCCGCCCAUCCAGUGUGAUGAACUCUCAUCUCAUCAAUUUGGUUCGCGGUUGGGUUUUCGGUGGGGGUCCCUGGUGACUGGGGAGCGGGCGCGUUCGCGCGGGAGAUCUUUUCGGCGAUCGGCCCUGGAUUCCAACGCUUCAAGCGUCUCCCAGUUCCAGACUGCGCGCCGCGCUGCUGCGUUACACAUAACUAACCCAUUAAAACCACGACACCGACGAAGUCUGGUUAUGGCUGCCCAAAACACCUGGAGUGGCGCACCAUGUCUCCAGGUGUGUGACUUACCGAAUUUAUUUAACCGAGGAAAGGCUCAGAUGACGUGCCACAGUGGACAGUGGAGAGCUGAACCGAGUGCGUGGAAACUCCGAUCUGCGAGGGGAAGGACACGAUCUCACCGAUCGAGACGAGCCGAUCGCAGAGCGGGAUGGAGCAGCGAAUCCCAAGGACAAGUCGAGUCAGUCGACAGUUCAACCCCGUUAUUGAUUUCUGCCGAGACCGUUGCGGGAUUACCUACACUAGCUACACUAGCUCACACUAGGCACGCCGUUGCGCCGCCUCCAAACCUCCAUAGCUUUCGCCGGGCAUUGUUGAGGAUUGACCCCUUCGUCGUUGUUGUUGUCGAUUCUCUUGCUUUCAGAUGCCUCCCUGAGUAAUCGACUGCACGGUAUGCCCCAAUAUUCGUAUUG